GGCGGGAGGCGCUCGACAUUACCCCCAAGCCGCGCCCGGUGGACGUGGACCGCCAGGGGUCCCCGUGCCCCGCAGCGCCGAGCUUCCCCACCACUUGCUUCUCACCGGCCACGCAGCGGUCUCUCCCUGCCUGAGGACUUUAAACUUAAGUUUCUGUCCGGACGCCUAACAAACACGUUUAUCAAGUACACAGUUGCUCCUAGCAUGACCGUGAUCUGAUCAGCAACCACGAGAAUCUGACUCCCGUGUGGGGUGCCUUAGUGCUGGGGCUGGUCACCGCCCACAACUCCAGAGCUGCCAUGGCUGCUGCCUCUACGUCCACCCCUGUCAUUUCACAGCCCCAGUUCACAGCCAUGAAUGAACCACAGUGCUUCUACAAUGAGUCCAUUGCCUUCUUUUAUAACCGGAGUGGAAAGUACCUUGCCACAGAAUGGAACACAGUUAGCAAGCUGGUGAUGGGACUUGGAAUCACCGUCUGUAUCUUCAUCAUGCUGGCCAACCUGCUGGUCAUGGUGGCAAUCUAUGUCAACCGCCGCUUCCAUUUUCCUAUUUAUUACUUAAUGGCGAAUCUGGCUGCUGCGGACUUCUUUGCUGGGUUGGCCUACUUCUACCUAAUGUUCAACACAGGACCCAAUACUCGGAGACUUACUGUUAGCACGUGGCUCCUGCGUCAGGGCCUCAUUGACACCAGCCUGACAGCCUCUGUGGCCAACUUACUGGCCAUUGCAAUCGAGAGGCAUAUUACGGUUUUCCGCAUGCAGCUCCACACGCGGAUGAGCAACCGGCGGGUGGUGGUGGUGAUUGUGGUCAUCUGGACCAUGGCCAUUGUUAUGGGGGCCAUACCCAGUGUGGGCUGGAACUGCAUCUGUGAUAUUGAAAACUGUUCCAACAUGGCACCCCUCUACAGUGACUCUUACUUGGUCUUCUGGGCCAUUUUCAACUUAGUGACCUUUGUCGUCAUGGUGGUUCUCUAUGCUCAUAUCUUUGGCUAUGUUCGCCAGAGGACUAUGAGGAUGUCUCGGCAUAGUUCUGGGCCGCGGCGCAAUCGGGAUACCAUGAUGAGUCUUCUGAAGACUGUGGUCAUCGUGCUUGGUGCCUUUAUCAUCUGCUGGACUCCUGGCUUGGUCUUGUUACUUCUUGACGUGUGCUGCCCACAGUGUGACGUUCUGGCCUAUGAGAAGUUUUUCCUUCUGCUUGCCGAGUUCAACUCUGCCAUGAACCCCAUCAUCUACUCCUACCGCGACAAGGAGAUGAGCGCCACCUUCAGGCAGAUCCUCUGCUGCCAGCGCAGUGAGAACACCAGCGGCCCCACGGAAGGCUCCGACCGCUCAGCGUCCUCCGUCAACCACACCAUUCUGGCUGGAGUUCACAGCAAUGACCACUCCGUGGUUUAGAAAGGAAACUAACUAAGAUGAGACGCGGCCAUCAUCUACUGAGGGAUGAUCGUCCUCCCCCUUCCCAAAGGCACGGGCAGGGUGGGGUGUGAGAGAGAGGAAAAACACACUCGCGUACUUAAACACUAACCCAUGGCAGUAUUUGUUCCUAGACCCACCAAGACUUGAUGUAUAUUGAAAAAUUAGCUUAUGGGACAUCCCUCAUCCUGUUCCCCGUUUCCUUUUGAAAGUAGAAAGUGGAGACCUUGCAAUAGAAUUCAUAAACAGACUCUGGAGUGUACAUUUACACUACACUAACUAGUCUUCAAAAGAUUUUGUGUGGUUUGGUGCAAGUCAGAAUCAAUUCUGACUAAUCGAAUCCACAACUUCAUUUACAUACAGGCUUCCCUUUUUUACUUUUUAAAGGAUACAUUUCAUUUAGUAAGCAUGUUUAUGCCUAUCAGCAUGCUUGUGAUGGAUAAGACUAUAGACUGUUUUUAAACGAUAAUAACUCCAUUUUUUUCCUUAUGUAGGAAAACUGUAAAUUAGAAUUACUUUUUUAGAAAGCAUGCAUGUAAUGUAUGUAUGCAGUAUGCUGUACUUAAAAAGAUAAAAGGGUAUUAAUUUUAAAUCUUCUAGGAAAUAGAAGAACCUAGAUGUCAAAGCCAGUAUUUGUUUAGGUUAUGAAACAAACAAUGAUCUAAUCACAAUAUUACCUUUUUUGUUAAAGUGUUGUAACAUGUAUAAAACAAACAGGGAAUGUAAGUUUAUUAUCAGAAGAAUAUGUACUCUAUAAAAGUUAUAGAGAUGAGCACAGUGGUAUUGUUCCCACAUAUUUAUAAUAUCCAAGUACAUCCUAAUUAUUAGUUCAUCAGAGGAAUUUUUAAAUGACCUGUGUUUUUCUGUAUUAUAAUACAUAGUCAUUGUAGAAAACUUGAAAAAUACAGAAAUGUAUAAAACAGAAAAAAUACUGAUAAUAUCACAACCCAGAAGUAACCACCAUUAACAGCUUUUUCCCUGUGUAUGCCUAUAUGUAUAUUAUAUACCUUUUUAUAUAAUUGGGAUCAUACUGUAAACAGUUUUAUAACCAGUUUGUUUUUUCCACUGCAUAAUUGCCACAUUUUCCUAUGGCAUUAAAAAUUUUACAAAAA